CCAUGACGACCCGGGGGCCCGCAACGGCGGCAGGGACGAGUCGUUGAGGCUGUGAGGCGAGCCAGGCCCCUCCGGACCUCGCCCGACUCGGCUGGGCCGCGCCAGAGAUUGACCCAGCUCCAUCCGAACGGGGACUAUGAGAAAAUGGUCGGGCAAACGAGGAGCAAGCUCAAAGGAGCGGCGCCAGAGCCGUGCCAGUCUUCCCGCCCCGUGCAGUCCAAGCGGCGGCGCCGGCCCACCGGAGCCGGGGAGCCGGAGAUGGAGGAGGAGUCGCAGAAGGAGGUGGAAAAGCCGGAGCUGCUGCUGCAGCCUGCGCCCGUAGGCGGCGGGAACCUGCCCGGGGGAGCCCGGGACUAUUCGCCACGGAGGAUCCGAAAUCUGCAAGCGCAAAAUUACAUGCACCUGGAAGUGAUCGCCAGGACUCUUUUUCUUGGACGGUUCCAGUUCCUCCAGUUUCUUCUGGAGCAGCUCCGCGAAAAGGUGCACGUGUUGCAGACGCGUCGGUUAUCCAAGAGGAACAUUUUAGGCAUAGCUGCCUUUGUGGGAAUUUUGCACUGGAUACAUUUAGUAACACUUUUUGAAAAUGACCGCCAUUUUUCUCACCUCUCAUCUUUGGAACGGGAGAUGACUUUUCGCACUGAAAUGGGACUUUAUUAUUCCUACUUCAAGACCAUUAUUGAAGCACCUUCAUUUAUGGAAGGACUGUGGAUGAUUAUGAAUGACAGACUUACUGAAUAUCCCCUUGUAAUCAAUACAGUGAAACGCUUCCAUCUUUAUCCAGAGGUAAUCAUAGCCUGCUGGUAUCGCACAUUCAUGGGAAUAAUGAAUUUAUUUGGGAUAGAAACUAAGACCUGCUGGAAUGUCACCAGAAUAGAACCUCUUAAUGAAGUACAAAGCUGUGAAGGAUUGGGAGACCCUGCUUGCUUUUAUGUUGGUGUGAUUUUUAUUUUAAAUGGACUAAUGAUGGGCUUGUUCUUCAUAUAUGGCGCAUACCUGAGUGGGACUCAACUAGGUGGUCUGAUCACAGUACUGUGCUACUUUUUCAACCAUGGAGAGGCCACCCGUGUGAUGUGGACGCCACCUCUCCGUGAAAGUUUUUCAUAUCCAUUCCUUGUACUUCAGAUGUAUGUUUUAACUUUGAUUCUCAGGACCUCGAACACUUAUGGAAAGAAUUACAUUGCACUCUGUCUUUCCAAUGUUGCUUUUAUGCUUCCUUGGCAAUUUGCUCAGUUUAUACUUUUUACACAGAUAGCCUCAUUAUUUCCCAUGUAUAUUGUGGGAUACAUUGAGCCAAGCAAGUUUCAGAAGAUCAUUUAUAUGAACAUGACUUCAGUUCUCCUUUGUUUUGUUUUGAUGUUUGGAAAUCCAAUGUAUUUAUCUUCUUAUUAUUCUUCAUCUUUGUUAAUGACAUGGGUGAUAAUUCAAAAGAGAAAUAAAAUUCAAAAAUUGGGAGUAUCUGAACUCAACUAUUGGCUAAUUCAAGGUUGUGCUUGGUGGUCUGGAACAAUCACUUUGAAAUUUCUGACAUCUAAAAUCUUAGGCGUUUCAGACCACAUUCGCCUCAGUGACCUUAUAGCAGCUAGAAUCUUAAGGUACACAGACUUUGAUACCUUAAUAUACACCUGUGCUCCUGAAUUUGACUUCAUGGAAAAAGCGACUCCACUGAGAUACACAAAGACAUUAUUACUUCCAGUUGUUAUGGUGAUUACUUGUUUUAUCUUUAAAAAGACUGUUCGUGAUAUUUUAUGUGUUUUAUCUACAAACACUUAUCUAAGAAAACAGCUCCUUGAACAUGGUGAGCUGGUUUUUCACACAUUGCAGUUGUUAGCAUUUACUGCCCUUGCCAUUUUAAUUAUGAGGCUGAAGCUGUUUUUGACACCACAUAUGUGCAUUAUGGCUUCCUUGAUGUGUUCUCGACGGCUCUUUGGCUGGCUUUUUUGCAGAGUUCGUUUUGAGAAUGUUAUCUUUGGCAUUCUAACAGUGAUGUCAGUACAAGGUUGUGCCAACCUCCAUAAUCAAUGGAGCAUAAUAGGAGAAUUUAAUAAUUUGCCUCAGGAAGAACUUAUACAAUGGAUCAGAUACAAUACCAGACCAGAUGCUGUUUUCGCAGGUGCCAUGCCUACUAUGGCAAGUGUCAAGCUGUCUACACUUCAUCCCAUUGUGAAUCACCCACAUUACGAAGAUGCAGACUUGAGGGCCCGGACAAAAAUAGUUUAUUCUGCAUAUAGUCGAAAAUCCCCAAAAGAAGUAAGAGAUAAAUUGUUGGAGUUACAUGUGCAUUAUUAUGUUUUAGAAGAGGCAUGGUGUGUUGUAAGAACUAAGCCUGGUUGCAGUAUGCUUGAAAUCUGGGAUGUGGAAGACCCAUCCAAUGCAGCUAACCCUCCCUUAUGUAGCAUCUUGCUCAAGGAUGCAAGGCCUUACUUCACCACAGUAUUUCAGAAUAGUAUGUACAGAGUAUUGAAGGUUAACUGAGAUUGAGACUAUCAGUUACACUGUGGUACAGUGAAAUGUGUCAAAAACAAUCACUUUUUGCUUUGUUUGCAUUAAUAAAAAUCAUAGGCUUUAAUAAGGGAUGCUUAAAUAUAAGAAAAUAAAAGUGAUUUAAAGUUUUUCCAGUUAUUAAAGAUAGAUAACUUGUUUUUCAUUGAAAUACCAGCCUUAUAAAGCUUAUUCCAUACUGCAUAAACAAAUGCCCAUCUUAGAAUUUUAAAGAAAAAUGUAUGUAAAAGAACAGUGCAUUUUAAUAAAUCAGGGUAAGUUUUUUUUUAAUCCAGCUAGGUGCAUUGCUUUAGAUUUCCUCUAGUAUCAGGGUGUACCAGCUCAAACUCUUUACACCACUCAGAGUAGGAUAACUUAGGCUAUGAAAUAAUACUUUAAGAUCUUGAUACUGGUCACAACCUCUUUACCUCCUUGAGGAAAUUUGUAACCAUGUGUCUAUUAAGGUGUUUUUUUUCUUAUCUAGCCCAUAAGAAAGAUAUUUAAUAGCUUUGAUAACUUUUUCUUAUUCAAUUUAAAGUAUUUCUAAAAACAUCUUGUUUUAUAAUUUUUUAAGUCUCUUGAAAUGUAUUUAUACAACCAAAUAAGUAUAUCACACUGAUUAGUUCUCAAUCUAAGUUAAAUAGGGUAUUGAUCUGCAUUUGGAAUCCAGUGGUUUUUUUUUUUUUAAUAUCCAGGUAAAAUUAAAAUUGCUAUGGUAUACAACCAAAUCUGUGGGUUAAACACAAUCAGAAAAGAAAAUCCAGUUAAAUUUAUCAAAUGAUAUUUUCAGAUCCUAGAUCUUAAAUGAAGCAAAAGCCUUUUCAUCUUGAUGGCCCUGUAGCUUAUUAGACAUAGUCCUUAUGUCUAGUCACCAUCUUUUGUAAUAACGUAUUUUUAAGUCCUUAUUUGUUUUUGGUUUUAGAUGAGGAAGGUAAUGUUUUAUAAAUCUUCUCUUUCAAUACAAUCUUCUAAACAAUAAUGCUUUGAAAAGUGGUAAAAAAUUUUCUUGAAGAUAUUAUUGCUAAGUGCAAAGAUAAACAAUUUUUUCUCUGUUUGAUAAAUAUUAAAUAUGCAAGAUCUAUAAUAUUUUAAUGUGCAUCUACUUUAAAGUAGUCAUCUUGGAGUUUUUAUAAUUCCCUUAAAUUUUUGGCCCUUUAUACUUGAGAUAACAAAGUGACUUAAUUCCAGAGAUUAGUUCACUUAUAGUAGGUAGACAAUUAUAUACAGAAAAACCAAUGAAAUUAUUUUUCAAGUUUUGUAAAUAUUUUAUUAUAGUAUACAAAACUAAGAAAGCAUGCCACAUUUUAUUUAUUUUAGCAUAUUCAAAUAAUUUGUUUUGCUGUAAGUGUGGAGUAAAGAAGGUAAGGGCAAAGAAAGAAAAUAAGUAUAACACCUAAUAUCCAUAAAAAUUAAAAUAACACAUUUUAGGUGACAUUUUCACAGGAAAUAUUUUAAAGAAGUUGGUAGAGUUUUUUUUUUUUUUUAAAGUAGCACUCUAUUGGUUAUGUGGAUUUCUGUAUAGGAGAACCAAUAAAAUUAUUUUCAACUUUUAUGGUUGUAAAUUAUUUUGAUGCCAUAUACAAAACAGCUAAGAAAGCAAAUACCACAUUUUAUUUAUUUUAGCAUUUCCAAAUAAUUGUUUCAGCAUAAGCGUGGGGCAAAUAUAGAAAAGAGACAUAACAUCUAAUGUUGAUAAACUUAACACUUUUCAGAUAAUGGUUCAUAGGAAACAUUUUAAAGAAGUUGGCAGAAUUCAAAAAGGGGAUGAGCUGUAUUAACUAAUAAAAUGUGCCUUACACAUGUUUUCAGAUGGAUUUAUGUUAUUUUCACAUGCUAUGUAUGUUAAAUAAUUUAAAAGCCAUUGAAGAUCC